AUGACACCCAGAGAACUGCAGACACUUCACCUCAUGCAUCCGUGUGGAUUGCCUGCACUGCUCACACACAGGCUUCGUCCCGUCACAUCGGAUAUGUCUGUCGACGUUCGGCUCUUGGAUAGAGGCGGAACACAUCCCGUGCGCACCUCGCCCGGCACACAUCGCACGCCUGUGGAAUGUGCUUCCUCGUCCUCUCUGCAGCCGCUUUGCUCUUUGCCUUGUGCGCGCUCGAGUCGGCCGGCUUGUCUUUCGCGGGUGCCACCAACAGCUGUACACGAGCGGUAUGACUCGCCAGUCCGUGGAACGCCUGCAGAUGCGUGUCACUUGGCAGAUCCGGGUCUAUUCCGGGGCAAGGAACCCCGUUGA